GCUGACACACACGCGCCUUUUGUCGCUCAUAAUUCUAAGCGCAGGCAAAUUGAUUUUGUUUUCGUACUUGAUCUCUUUAAAAAAAAAAGUCAAAGUUGCCGACAGCGUCACAAGUGCUGGGAUUUAAGGUGUCUGCCACCACGCCUGGCCCCCUCUCCUCAGCAACUCUUGCAGGCAUCACCUCCCAAUCCCUGCCACAGUGCUGGACAUUACCCAGACUGCCCCGCCUGGAUCCCACUGUUGCUACGGUUGCCUGGUGUAUGCCGGAAGAACCUGAUGUCCCUGCUGAUGUCUGUUCGACCCUUGCUACCUGAAAGCGGCCUCCAUUCUGUGCUGCAGCUUGCCCAGCAAGACAAAGCAUCUACCUCUGAUGCCUGGCUCCAUGCCCUCUGGGAGCUAUUAAGAAGGGAUGUGGGGAUUGGAGCCUCUGUGGAAGGAGCCUCUCCGCUGUCGGCAAGCUGUCAGUCACAGCUCCGAGACCUGUGUGGGCAGCUGAGCCAGGGGGGUAGGGGGUUGAAAUUGGCUCUGGCUCGAGAUCCUGAACAGGAGGACCAGCACUCACAGCUGUGUGGGAAACGCAGGAAGGAGCCAGAGGAAGACCCCGGCAGCCCUGAGUCAGAGAGAGCCUGUAAAAGGUUGCACGGUUUGGAGGAGGAGGAGGAGGGAAAGGACCAGGAAGAGAGACCCAGCCUGGAACCAUGGAAGUCCCCGUCGGAUGCAGGAGGCAUGUCACCCGACCCACAGCAGACUGCUACUGAAGCCAGGCCUCCUGAGACUGGCCCAGGUGUGAAGGAGGCCAAGGGUCCAGCUCAGGUUGUGGAACUGCCCAAAGUUGUCCAGGACCAGGUGCCCCGGCUGCAGCAGCUGCUGAAGACCUUCCAGGAGGGUCUGGAGUCUGCGCCCCCAGUGGACCUGCAGUUUCUCCAGGAAUGUAGUCCCAGCCAGAUGGAGUUGCUGUGCAGCCAGCUGCAGCUGCCCCAGCUCCCUGAUGGAGGCCUCCUGCAGCUCUGCAGCUGCCUGCUGAGUCUCACACCAGCCCUCAGCCUCGGCAGUGCCUGUGUGUUGGCCAGGAGCUUCUUUCUUGACCGGAUCCUCUCACUGUCGUCCUCGGCCUCCAGGCUGCUCAGAGCCGCCCUCACCUCCUUCUGUGUGAAGUACACCUACAGUGUCUGCAAGGCCGUCCUUGUUCCCCUUCUCCAGGACCCAGGCAUGGGUCCCAUGCAGACUGAGGUGCUGUGCUCCCUCAUAAAGGAUGAGGCCCUGGAGCCAGACAUGCAGGUCCAGAUUCUGGGGCAGGUCCUGGAGCUGGCCUGGAAGGAGGAGACGUUCCUGGUGUUGCAGGCACUCCUGGACCGGCAGGUGGAGAUGACCUCUGAGGUGUUCAAUGUCUUGCUGCAAAGGCUCUGCAAACAGGGGCCGACAGCCACCACCUCCAUGGCCUACGCCAAGCUGCUGCUGACAGUGAUGACCAAGUACCAGGCCAGUGUGAGUGUCCACAGGGGCUCAUUCGUCAGGCCAGCAUCUCUGUUGGUCGUGAUCACAGAGCAGCAGCGCCUGGACCUGGCUGUGGCCCUAGAGCCCAACGCCACCUUCCUGAAGAAGUCCCUGCAGGCAGCGCUGAGACGGCUGGCCCACUGACCACCCACAAAGACAUGAUUCCCUGACCCUUUGCCUGCGAACACACUAAGCACAGCCAGCUCAAGGGUCAUCUGCCUCUUGCCCAGCACUCACUCCUGGCUGUGCAGAGGCCAUCUUGACUUCAGAGAGGAGGCCCUAGGCUCCACGCUGGCUGACAUUCCUGAUCACAGUGGAGGGCGGGUGGAGGACAGUGGUCAAUGGGUAGUGUCCCAGGAGAGCUGGGUUCCAGUGUACUGGGGUGACUCCUGUGCUGAGGUGUUCUGAACCUCCUUUUUUUGUUUCUGAACUGAAUGAUUUUGUAAUAGUUUUUAAUAAAAAGAAAAAAUUCUUCCAAG